UCGUCCUAUAAGCUAACCGUAAUGUAUAUCAUGGCCACAAAAGCACAUAUGAUCAGUACAGGCCGCUGCCAUGGCCUUCUUCUCCCUCUUGCUCCUCCUGCUCCUCACCGCCCAUGGCACGCCCCCUGCUCUCGGCUUCACGCGGAGCGACUUCCCGCCGGACUUCGUCUUCGGUGCCGCCACCUCCGCCUACCAGUACGAGGGCGCUGUAGCUGAGGAUGGCAGGAGCCCAAGCAUAUGGGACAUCUUCACUCACGCUGGGAAAAUGGCGGACAAAAGCACAGGGGACGUCGCUUCUGACGGGUACCACAAGUACAAGGAUGAUGUCAAGCUCAUGGCUGACACUAACCUGGAGGCUUACAGAUUCUCCAUCUCCUGGCCAAGGCUUAUUCCAAAUGGGAGGGGAGCUGUCAAUCCAAAGGGGUUAGAGUACUACAACAACCUUAUAAAUGAGCUGGUGAAACAUGGGAUUCAAAUCCAUGUGAUGCUUUACCAUCUUGAUUUCCCGCAAGUUUUGGAUGAUGAAUAUGGAGGAUGGUUAAGCCCUAUUAUCUAUUUCGUAACAGGUGGCACUGCAAAAUGCAGGGAGGAUUUCACGGCAUUUGCAGAUGUAUGCUUUAGAGAGUUUGGAGACAGGGUUUCCUUCUGGACUACGAUGAGCGAACCUAAUGUCAUCCCAGCCGACUCGUAUGGUAGUGGAACAUUUCCACCCGGGCGUUGCUCUGAUCCUUUUGGGCGAACAAAAUGUACCGCGGGGAACUCGACCGUGGAACCGUACAUAGCAGCUCAUAACAUGAUAUUGGCACAUGCAUCUGCUACUAGACUUUACAGAGAAAAUAUCAAGUUAGCCGUGCAAAUGGGAGUUGUUGGCAUAAAUGUUUACUCCUAUUGGACCUAUCCUUUGACGAACUGUACUCUAGGCCCAUAGGGAAACACUGGAUUAUUCUGGGUGAAAGAAAUUGUUGUUGGUGGCUUUGGCCCAUUUGAGACGAUUAUGACAUGUGGGUCCUGCAAAAACCGACGUGGCUGAUUAGUACAUUUGUAACCCUAGUAUGACAUUAUAACUCUGCUGCCCAACAUGGUGUGUAUGGAAAAGAAUCUCCUACACUUUGUAGAAGUAACUCGCCUAAGUCUUGAACAUUUGAGGUAC